AUGGACGGCUCAGCUAUCACAUACGCAACGUCCAAGGACUGGUUGGACAUUAUGAAGAAUCGGUCAAAAGUGCGUAUGCACGAGCUGAUCGAGCGUCUUGGGUUGCGCGCAAAGUGGUCAUCGAACAAACGCGGUAAAACAAACUUUGAAUCCGCCCUCGUACGCGAGCUUGUUGCAGACAUGGGCGAUGUUGUCUCCACGUUACCGAAAGAGCCGGAUGAGCUGAUGAAGUUUCUGAGCGACGAGGGAAGUUUGAAAGAGCAAGUCGAUGGCUUACUUGAGAAACAUGGCGCCAAGGUCUGGGGAAGAGUGGGCGAUCGUGAGCAUCUAAUCACCGCGAAUGAACCCGGAGUCGAAGAGGGACUCUACCCGCGGGAUCUUUACUUGGAGAACGAGGAAGACAGAGCAUUAAUCCACAAACUUCUCCAUUGGUGGAUCGGGCUGAAAGCAUGCAACGUCAUUCUUGCGCGCGAACGCCUGGAUCGCGAGAGACGAAAGAAGGCAGAAAACCGCCAGGCGCGAGCUGAUGCCGAGUUUUCUGGCCAGCAAGAGGGCGGCACCCCAGCAUCAUUUGUUGCGCUUGCGCCAAACUCGGUGUUGCACGACGGCGAUACAGCGUCACGUGGAAGCCCAAUGUCGUCAAGUGCAAUGCUCACACCUCCGGAAUCUGGGGAAAGUCCCACUAUGGGACCGCGGGAAGGAGGCGGGUUUACAGCUGUCAAUGGCGGUGGACAUGCAACGAAUGGCAAUGCCGCCUUUACAUCGGCGAAAGCCCACGAGCAACAGGCUACACAACAAUCUAACAUUGCCGAGGGUGUCUGGAACAAACUCACAGCUGAAGCGAACAAAUCUCGGUAUCUCAGUACGAUGUCAGGCCCUGCUCCUACCCACGCUGCACAUCCUACCGAGACCAACGCAGCGGCACAACAGCAAAUCACCGACGCGACCCAAGCGGCUGCUGAUCGACAAGUCAGUGUCCAAAUGGCCGCGCUGGUUGCAAGCUUUCGGUCGGAUGACGGUGUGCCAGAAGAGCUCCCGCAACCAAACAACAGCAUACCCUACCGUGGUUUAGACUACGACGGGUUACGGGCGCUACGGCAGUACAUUUAUGGAGAGGAACGAGGUGUUUCAAUGGACGAGGAAGCGCUCCUCAACCAACUCGAAAGAACAUGGCGAGAAGGCGUUCGAGCCGACUACAAUAAGAUGAUCGAAAACAUACCCGUUUUCAUUGCGAGGGAACGAGCAUUUCUGACUUGGGUGGAACUCAAGCGCCACCUGGCAGCUCUAUUACGAGCAAACGAACGUUGGUCAGCCGAAGGCCACACAGCCGCCGAGAUCGAGAGGCGCAUCCAACAGCACCGCACGCUUAUGGGCUGCACGCAAACCAUCAUCGCCAAUUUUGAAGACGUGGGUCGAGGAUUUGGUCUCGGCCCCAACGUCGCUGUCGACCGCGAUGAGCUCCUGCGACAGGCCAUUGUGGUGUUGGCCGGAGAAAAGUACGCAGUAGAGAUGCAGUGGAAGCCAGUAGAUUUUACGCAAGUAAUGGGCUGGCUGCACGACCACCUGGAGAGCUUCCGCAAGGAAGAAGAGGAAGAUGGAAAGGGUAUGCUCUGGUAUAUUGGCGAGUCACGACGCUAG